GGCAGCAGAGGCCAGUCCAAGCCGGGUCCGAACGCCACCACAGCCGCAGGGGCAGCCGGCGUCCCUCAGCCCGCCGCGUCCCGCCGCCGGCAUGAGGCGGGCCGGGCCCUGGUGCCUGCUCCUGGCCGCGGCCUGCGCCCUGGGCCGGACCCCACCGCCCCCGCGGGGCGCCGUGCGCUGCCUGUCGGCCGGCGCCUGCUUCAGCGCCCACCUCGCCAACGUCUCGUACGCCGAGGCCCGCGGCGCCUGCGACCAGCGGCGGGGCAGCCUCGCCUGGGUCAGCAGCGAGCCGGAGCUGCGCCUGCUGCUGGACCUGCUGGCAGAGGCGGCGAUGCCCGCGCCCGCGUUCUUCUGGGUCGGGCUGAAGAGGAACGCCUCCGCCUGCACCCACAACGAGCAGCCGCUCCGCGGCUUCUCCUGGGAGGGCGUCGGGGGUGGGACGGCCCCGCGGGAGGUGCCGGCGGCGCUCGACCGGUGGCUGCAGGAGCCCCUGCGGUCCUGCCUCACCGCCCGCUGCGCUGGGCUGCACCUGGCGGCUGACGCCUCAUGGGGCUGGAAGGAGCGAGUCUGCCGGCUGAAAAGCCCAGGCUACCUCUGCAAGUACCGGUACGAGGGUGCCUGCCCCGACCUCAGUCCCGCGGGCGCCCUCGACCUCGACUAUCGGCUCCCCUUCGAGGAGCGCAGCGGCGGCCCCGGCUUCAGCCCGCCGGGCACCGUGCUGACAGUGGCGUGUCCCGGCGGGGACGUGCGGCUCACCUGCCAGCCCGAGCCGGGCGGUUUCGCCUGGAAGGCGGCAGAGAAGCCCCUCUGCCCCUGCCCCUUCGGCCGCAGGAGCCCCGACAGCGGGCGGUGCGCCGAGGCCGCCGGGUGCCGCGAUGCAGCCGGCAGUUUCGCCUGUGCCUGCAUCCCGGGCGGUCCGGAUGGAACUCCCUGCCCGGGCACAGGGCCGGCCCCCACCGCUACAGGUGGCCCCACGGAACCGUCGGGUGCCAGGGCGGAGGGGCGGCGUCCUUCCAUUCCGACACCCGGCCGCUCCACGGAGCCGCCCGCCACCGCCACGGCCGCCGUCGGCGGAGAGAAGACGGCUGCUCCGCCGCCCUCCUCCUCCUCCUCCUCUUCCAACUACGUUUUCAUCCUGGUGGCAGUCGCUGUGGUGGUGCUGAUCAUCCUGGUCAUGACCGUCCUGGGGGUGUUCAAAAUCUGCUUUAACAAGAAGUCCGAGGGCCGCGGCGACAAGGAGCCGCCGGAGGCCGGCAGCAAGGCGGAGGCAGGCUCGGCGGAGCCCGGCGGAGCAGCGGGGCGUGAAUAGCCCCGGACCGCCGAGGCCGCGUCCCUCGGGGCUGCCCCGAGCGGCAGCUGCCCCCGGGCCAGCGCUCGGCUCCCCGCGUCCCUCCUGCCCCCAGCCCUGCUGCCGCGGGGAGCCGAGGGAGAGGCGCCGCGGGACUUCGCUGGGCAGGGCUUGGACAUUAUCAAACGCAGGAGCGGGUAGCGGCGUUAUUUUGAGGGGAUUGAAGUCUUUGGACAGUCGGAGUUUUUGUCGGUCUGAAAAGCAGUUAUUUCGGUGCUGAUUUCACUAAAAUAUAAAUAGAUCAGCCUGGCCGGCAGAGCGAUUGCAGCUGCAACAAUUGUGCAUUUUUAUCCUCUCAGAAGCUGUUCGUCGGGUGCCGUACUUGGAGCAAGCAUAAAGUGGGCCACUUUGAGCACUUGCAUCUUGUAAUUUAGAAGUCACCACCUCCAGUGGUACUUGGAGGCUCUCGUUUUCAAUAUAAUGGCUGGAACUUUUGGAGAGGUGAACUGCCAUAAUUUUGGGCGAAACUGCAACCCAUAAGCUUUCAUACUGACAUUCUUAAAAAAUGAAAGAGCAUUUCUAUACUUAGAAAGCCAUUAAAUUGCUGAGGAAGUGAGAGGUUAAUGGGGAGUCAGUUUUAUACUUCAGCUGAUGAAAAGAAUAAAGGAUGAUGUAAAUCACUUCCUUGUUUGUUACUUCAUACUCAUUUUUAUUGUAGCAGAGAAUAAAUUUUUCAGUUACUGUUUUUCUCCUAAGUUAGACAGUUACAAAACUUGCUUUCUGUAUGCAAUAUGUGGCUCCCUUAGAAUCAGACAAGGUGCUGACACACCACACUGCGAGAGGAGUUAACAUGAGUCCAAAUACAUCAUGCAAAUCUCAUUCUCUUUAGUCAGAUAUAUUGUUUUCUGUGGAGUCCCUUGAGAGUAAGGAAAGAUUCACUGUUUGUGCCCUUUUCUAAAUGAGGUAAACACUUCCUCUGUGAUUUCCCUUGGGAAUUCCUGUAGAGGAGCUUUCAACCUGGCUGCAGAACUUGCUUUCUGUGCAGUUCAGAGUGCUGAUGCUCACUUAUUAUUAUUAUUAUUAUUAUGGUGUUGGUUUUCAAUUAAAGUUGUAAUAUUAAAUAUUGAUUCAAGGUUUUCUGAGUGCAGUUAUACAUAUCUAAGUGGUCUCAUCCAAGCCUUUUGGGGUGCAGGGAGAAUAGGGAAAUAUUAUCUUCCCUUAAGAGAACUUUAAUCUCUGAAAUGUCUCUUUAAAUACACUUGCUUGUUUGUUUGUUUUCCGCUCUUGAGAGCUGACAUUCUUACUACUAUUUUAAUUUUGACACUUUCCUGUUGAAUUUGAAGAACCCUGUUUAAAAAAUAUUGCCUGUUAUUAUUACCUAUUUUUCUUGCAAGCAAAGACUUGAUGAUAAAUAUGGUGUAAACAUCUGCUAAGGAUAAAUAAUUAUGUAAGUAGAAGUUUUUUAUUUUUCCCUCUCUCUCCCUUUUAUGACUAUAGGCAGUUGCUAUCUGGCAAACAGUGUUUUGUUUUUGGUAAAGAGGUCACUGAUAUUUGUGAGCCAUCAGACUGACUGUAGCCAUAAAUUCCCUUGUAUCAUGAAUUAAAUCCAGCUAAGUGAGAAUGCUACUUAUUACAGCGUGACUCAUAAUCUGCAUACUUUUUUU